AUGGCUGAUAAGAAAAAUAUAUCGAGAAGGAACGCGGUUCCUUUAAUUGAAUUCAUUCAAAUUAUUCUUGGGCAAAGGAAUGGAGAAGGGAAAUCAAAAUAUCCCAGGCGUGUGAAUGGGCGUUUAGUGUCUGAUUCUUUACCCAAAUCACAACGCAGUGUUAGUCCAGUAAAAUUGGAAAGCACUGAAGAAUAUGAACCUUGUAAUAUCGAGCCCCAACCUACAGAGGUUGUUAGGCGAAAACGACGGAAAAGUAUAAGUGAUGAAGUUCCUGAAACUACGUUUGUGCGAUCUCCUUUUUCUUGCGAAAUAUUAACCAAAUCAUCUAAAGGUAUGUAUAGCUCAACAUACGUAGAUAUUGAUCUUUCAUCACUUGGUUUACAACGAUUAACUCAAGGCAGUGUAAAUUCACGUAAAAAAGGAAAAUCACUUGUAGGAAUUCGUUGUUGUUAUCUCCGCUUGGGUACUUCCCUUGUAGUGAGUGGUUGUAUUGUGGAAGUUAAUAUAACAGAUUCGACUGCACAAGUUGUCCCUGAUAAAGGUCUUUGCCUUGACGUGGAGUGGGUUCAUUUGAACAAGUUGUAUCAAAUACCCGAAAAUAUUACUGAGAUAAGGAAAACGGUUUCUGAAAAGGUAUUUGCCAUUUUACAACGAGAAUCCGAACAUCCGGUAUCUGAAAACAAAAAGAAAUUUAUCAAUGUAGAUGAAGAAAUAGAAAGCACAGUAUCGGAAAUAAAAAAUGAAACUACUUCAGAGGAGAGACAUGAAUUUGUUGAAGAUAUUUACAAAUAUUAA